UGUGGGGAGUACUGUUGGGGCUCCCGGGGGGCGGGGACGGAUUAACUACGUGGACCAAGGACAAGCAUUACUGGAGAUGGCGGGGGACGGGACCGUUCCACGGACAACAUAUCCGUAUUUGUGCAUUUAACGUAAAGUCGUUCGGGAGGUCAAAAAUGAGGAAACCAGAGGUCGCCAAAAUCCUCAAACAGAUUGUCCUGGAGUAUGACAUCAUCCUUAUCCAGGAAGUCCGGGACUCCCGAGGGAAAGCUCUCCGGAAACUGCACAAAAUGAUCAAUAAAAUUACUCCGUAUGAAUUGGUGAAAAGUAAACGUGUCGGAAAGUCAUCUUAUAGGGAACAGUACGCCCUUUUCUACAGACCGGACAAACUCGCCGUGCUAAAGACCUACCAAUACCGCGACACCAAUAACGAGUUUGAGAGGGAUCCUUUUAGUGUUCUGUUCCAACCCAACAACACAGACCCGGAGGCAGCGUUUGCUGUGAUCGGUAUUCACACUAAACCUUCAAACGCCGUGUCGGAAAUUAAACAUCUGUACAAUGUGUACGAGGACUUGGUCAAAAGAUGGAAUACAUCUAAUGUUAUGAUAAUUGGAGACAUGAAUGCCGAUUGCUCCUUUGCAAGUAUUGCGCAGCUCCGGACAUUACCUAUUUACAUGACUGGUCACUUCCGGUGGUUGAUAAACAACGAAGCGGAUACGACAACGUCUCCUAAUACAAACUGUGCCUACGACAGACUCCUGUACACGGGUCGACGGCUGGAGUAUGCUAUCCUUCCCUGGACUGCCGGACGCUUCAACUUUGACAAAAGCUACGGACUCACUAAUAAACAGACAAACGCUGUAAGUGACCACUUUCCUGUCCACGUGGAUUUAAUGUUCUGAUGUAAGAAGCGCCACUAUACCAGGGCACUGAAGUACAGCCAGCUGAAAAAUUCAAUUAAACGUGUCGGUACAUCGGACUUCUGACUACUGAUACUGUUAAAGUCAUUAUUACAUUAAAGAAAAUAAUCACUGAU